ACCAAAAUGUCGUCUUCUUCUUCUCCUCCCUCCUCUGCUUAAACCUCAUUAGUUUAAUCCUAACGAACAAACAGAUCAGAGAAUCCAACGAGUGGUCCAACGCUAUGAUUCGUAUCCUCCAAAUCUCGAUCCUCUGUUUCUUCCUCGUUGCCGGGAUCUCGAUCUCCUCCUCCGAAGAGGAGGAGGAGACUAUCUACAAGAUCCUCCAGGACAACGGACUCCCGUCGGGGAUAUUCCCUAAAGGCGUGACGGAAUUCACCUUCGACGGCGAGACGGGACGGUUCUCCGUUUACUUGAACCAGUCGUGCGACGCCAAGUACGAGACGGAGCUUCGCUACGACACGAAUAUCACCGGAACGCUGAGCUCUGCUAACGUAACUGAUUUGUCGGGAAUAUCGGCUCAGGAUCUGUUCCUGUGGUUUCCGGUUAAAGGGAUCCGUGUCGAUGUCCCGAGCUCGGGGCUUAUAUACUUCGACGUUGGUGUCGUUCGCAAGCAGUACUCUUUGUCUGUGUUCGAGACGCCGAGAGAUUGCGUCGCGGUUCGUCGUGAAAAUGAGGUUGAAUCUUCUGUGUUGUCAUUGCAUCGAGUAGAUGAAACUCUUGGGAGAAACGAUAUUUAGCCGUGGAGAGUUUUAUUUAAGAAAUGUUGUUAUACUAUACACCACCACAAAGAUAGACAGAUUGUCCUCUCAUCAAAAUUCUUGUACUGUUCUUUUUGGUCUCAAAUCUUAAAAAGCUUGAUUCAAAGUCAAAUUCUUUUGACUCUUUUACCUCCA